CGGCGGCGGCGCUCUCGGAGCUCCCAGGAAGUCCUUCAUUCGAUCUAAGUGCUGGAUGUUGUUGCUCGGUGCUGGACCCGGAUAGGCCGGGCUUCGGCUUCGCACGUGGAUCCCAGCUGUGCAGCCUCGCGGUCUACCUCACCCCCCACCCAGCCCCGUGUCUCGUGUUGCUUCUGCCGCCGCCGCCUAACUGCUGGAGCUGUUCAUCCUCCACCGUGACCAUCAUCAUCUCCACCUUCUCCACCAUCCUCUCCACCUUCUACUUCACCAUCUGCAUCUCCACCGUCUCCAUCUUCUGCUCCUCCGUCUCUGUCCAGCUCCUGGUCCACGCCGGACCCACCGCAUCUGGUUUAGUGCUCUCAGCCUCUGAACGGUCACAGCCAUCGAAACGCUGUCCCUGCCGCCUCCGCCGCCACCGCCUCCUCCUCUGGGACAGACCCUCUUCCUUCGCCUCCACGCGAUCCCGGGCCACAGUGGACGUUGACCGUUGUCCGCUCCAGCCUCCAGGCUCCCUCCUUCCAGGCCGGGCUCCGGUGCUCGCCAUGCCCGGCCCGGUGGCCGGCAGCAGGUCUCGGGUCUACGCCGACGUGAACACCCUGAAGAGCCGAGAGUACUGGGACUAUGAGGCCCACGUGCCCAACUGGAGUAACCAGGAGGACUACCAGCUGGUACGCAAAUUAGGCCGGGGGAAGUACAGCGAAGUCUUUGAAGCCAUCAAUAUCAACAAUAAUGAGAAGGUUGUGGUCAAGAUCCUCAAGCCUGUUAAGAAGAAGAAGAUCAAGCGGGAGAUCAAGAUCCUGGAAAAUCUGCGCGGAGGGACCAAUAUCAUCCGGCUAGUAGACACCGUGAAAGACCCUGUGUCCCGCACUCCGGCCCUCGUCUUUGAAUGCAUCAAUAACACAGAUUUUAAGGAGCUCUAUCAGAAGUUAACAGAUUUUGAUAUUCGUUACUACAUGUAUGAGCUGCUGAAGGCCCUAGACUACUGCCACAGCAUGGGGAUCAUGCACCGGGAUGUCAAGCCCCACAAUGUGAUGAUUGACCACCAGUUGAGGAAGCUACGUCUGAUAGACUGGGGCCUAGCGGAGUUUUACCACCCGGCACAGGAGUACAAUGUCAGGGUGGCGUCUCGCUAUUUCAAGGGUCCGGAGCUGCUGGUGGAUUACCAGAUGUAUGACUACAGCCUGGACAUGUGGAGUCUGGGCUGCAUGUUGGCCAGUAUGAUUUUUCAGAAAGAGCCCUUCUUUCACGGUCAGGACAACUAUGACCAGCUGGUUCGAAUCGCCAAAGUCCUGGGGACAGAUGAGCUCUUUGGAUACCUGCGGAAGUACCACAUUGAACUGGAUCCGCGAUUCAAGGACCUGCUGGGCCAGCAGACACGGAAGCGCUGGGAGCAGUUUGUCCAGUCAGAAAAUCAACACCUGGUAAGCCCCGAGGCUCUCGACCUUCUGGACAAGUUGCUGCGUUAUGACCAUCAGCAGAGACUCACCGCCACCGAGGCCAUGCAGCACCCAUAUUUCUAUCCUGUUCUGAAGGAACAGUCUCUCUCCAGUACUGAUGGUACUUUGCCAUCCAAUGGUUCAACCACAGCACGAUGAAAGCAGGAAGAAAAAAAAAAAAAAAAACAUUACCUCAGUUUUUCCACCCUUUUGUGGCAGACACCCGUUCAGCAGUCAGAGACUGGUUCAAUGGCAAUCUGUUACAAAUACAUAAACCCAUGUAGGGCUGCAUAUAGAUACAGUCGCCACAAACACGCAAUCUGUCAAUUUAUGGUUGACUCCUACCAGUAGCGUCUUGCUGCCAGACCAAUGAGCUUGAAGGUACAUCCCAGUGCUGCACCCGUCUUAUUCUAAAAACUGUUUCAAAAAGGAAAAAGGCCCCCCUCAUUAACCUAUAGGCCCAUGGACCCUGCCCCCCCUCCCCCCCCCCCCAUAUGAACAAGCAUGGAUAAUGAAGAGGAUGAUUUGCUGCCUGUCCUCCUUAAGCCCACUCAGAAGAAUGUUGUUCUGUAUUCAGCCCGUCAGACCAGAGCUCCACACUGUUCUGAAUGGCAUGGUGGACCAUUCUCUGCUAUGGGUAUAAUAAUGAUAAUAAAUGAUUUUUAUU